UGGGAGACAGUCGCGCGGGCCACAUUGAAAGCUUGCAACAUGCCGUCGAGACGAACAGUCGCGCGCUAACUUUCAUGCGGAUUGUAUUACCGUAUCGGUUCUCUCGUUCUCUUUUUAACGGUCUCUCUCAUGUGUAUUUCGAGAGACAAGAGGUAUCGGAGUCGUAGUGCGUGUAGGCGUUAGUAAACGGUGUUUGACGCGAUAGCCGAACACGCGACUAAAGUUAAACGAGACAACAUUGUCGACAGACGGAACUUGUGACCGUCGAGGUCUUCGUGAUCUAGGAAUAUAUAAUCCGUUAUAGCCAUUAAGUACUUGGAACAGUGUCAAAAAGUACGACGCGCGAUUUCGAGAAAACGACGAGGUCCAUUUAUUAUUCGCGACGGUGACGGUGUGGAUAGCGAUAGUAGAUUCACGCCGAGAAAUAUCCUCUCUCCUCACGUCUGCUGGCUUUCGUCCUUGAAUGUCAUAGUACGCGGUACGACGGCUGAAGAGAAGAGGAAGAUAGAAUAAAGUAGAAACAGCGAGACGUACCAGACGAGGUUUCUACACACGCAUAGACGGACGUACAGGUGGUUGUGGUGAAAGGACUCCUUCUAUCUGUGAUGUGCGAGUGAACAAUGGAAUCACCGGUCAUGUACGAUUCGGCGGCCCAUCAGGCCCAGGCCCAGGGUACGGCCGAUCUGAAGAAGUCCCAGGUGCUUAAUAACAAUACCAGUAAUCAAAACAAUAACGCCGCGACAAACAAUAAUAAUAAUUCCGCUCUGCAGAUCAAUCACAAUCAUAACCAUAACCAGCAGUUGAAUAGCACGGUGGUGAGCAAGGUCUCCGCCAGCAAGGCGAGUUUGCAUCAGCAAUACGCCGAGCACUGCGCCGCCGCUGGUGAACUCACCGACCUUAACACCCCGGAGAUCUCGCUGGACCUCCAGCACCUGAUCGACGAUAACCACUUCAACGACGGUUUAUUAGACAUGCUCAAUGCCAGCAACGGCGUGAAGCACGUGAGAACGGGCAAUUACAACACGCGCACUACCCUCGCAUACAUGCCGCAGCCAGUGCACAGUGGCGCGAAUUAUCAUCAGGGCAGCUGUAGCGAUAGUAACAGUUCGAGCUCGGAAUCGCCCAGCAUCAAGGAAGAGCCGCUGGACCCGGCGGACUAUCGACGCCACUGCCCUCAGUAUCCGCCAGGUUACAGCCCGGUGACGAACAAUCCGUUUGCCAAUGGCGGUCAAACCUUCACCACCCUGGCACCGUCCACGAUGCCCGGCAGUCAUCCCGGCACGCCGAUUCAUCAACCGCCGCCUCGGGGCGGCCCUAUGAAAGGACCGGUAAUAACCCAUCAACAUCACGCCGCCGCCAACGUCGCCAGGAAGCAGAGCAAGGCCAUCGACAAGGCGAGCGACGAGUACAGACGACGGCGGGAGAGGAAUAACAUCGCCGUGAGGAAGAGCCGCGAGAAGGCGAAGGUGCGAUCGCGCGAGACCGAGGAGAAGGUCAAGUUGCUGGUGAAAGACAACGAUCUGCUGAAGAAGCGGAUCGAACUGCUCACCGAGGAACUCAACGUUCUCAGAUCGCUCUUCGGCAACGUCAGCAUGCUGCCCGAGCAUCUGCAUCGCGAAAUCUCGAGGCACCUCGACCAAUUUCAGCAGCACGCGGUCGGACCCAUGUAGCAGCAGCGCGCGGACGUAGCCGCGCGAUGAUGAUUUUACGAGAGACACGGCGUCGUUUACUCGCGUCCCUGGCCGCUAUCAGGCCGCUCCGAUUGUGAGGCGAAGUCAGUCAGUCGCGUCUUCCGCUUUCCUCUCGCGUCUCCCCUCGUGUACACGCAUCGCGUAAAUCUCUCACGAGACUCUCGUCCCCCUCACUCGCUCUCAUUCCCUCUUCAUCUUCUUCUUCGAUCUUCGUCUUCUGCGUCGUAUCUUGUAUCUCAAUUCGGAGUGCGCGACGCGAACGCACGUGCAUGCGUGCGUCGUCGCGUUGUCGCGAAGCUGCGAGCGUGGGAGGGAGAAGAGGGAGGGGGGGGGGGUCGACGAGUCGCGUAGGAAGAGCGAGUUACUCAACUCGCGAUGCGAGCUAGAGAACGCGAUCGACAUGAUGAUGAUGAUUCGCGUGUUCCAAGACAAGUGCGCCUCUGCUCGCGAUCUUAUGCUCGAAAAAAAAGAGUGUGCUUUCCGAACGCUGAUAGAAGGUGAAAGGGGGCGACAAACUGAAAAUAGAUAACAAAACCGUGAAAAAAAUCAAUCGCGUGGACUGCCAACAAGUCGUUGUGUGUGUUGCGAUCUCCUGACAUAACUAACCGAGAAUCGCGUAAUAUUGACGAAGGACGCGAAAAAGGCUGUCCGAUCUUUUCCUUUUGUCUUUUGUCUAUCUUCCUUCGUCGUUAUUUCUUCUUAAUAUGUCUUACUUUUCCAUCGUUCUUUUCCCUUUGCGCUCAUGGACUACAUAAGUAAGACUGUCGAUGUUAUCUACCUAGAUAAUUAUUCGGGCCCCUCUUGAUGGACCCGUAAAAUCCGCAACACGGAGGCGAACUCCGAGACUUCGAACAAAUCAUGCCUCUCACCUUAAUUGUAUAUUAUACGUUUCGUACUACACAUACACACGGACACAAUACCCCAAUACAAGUUCAACGCGGAAGAUACGUACACGGCGUUGUAUUUAGAAUUCGUGCUUAGAAUUCGGUUCUUAGAUAACAUUAAAUUAAUAAACGUAGAUUAUAUUGCUCUUCAAUUACCAAGUACCUAAAAAAAGAGCCACGUUGAAACACGACGAUCUUUAUCAACAUGGCUCGUAUCGAUGUAUAUCAAUAAGAGAAGACGAUGUUCAUUUUCUCUCGAUACGUAUUCGCAUUCGCGCUCGCCGUGUUCGACGAAACGCAGUCGAGCAUGGCAAGCACGAGCAAUCAUUCGCGCCCUUGUAUUAUAAUUCUUAUAGUAAUUUUAUUAUUAUAUAUAUCCGAAAUGUAUAUAUAUAUAAAAAGCUAAUAUAUUUUGUUAGAAGAGAAGCCGAUAGAAUGCUCGCGCGCGCGAGUAUGUGCGAGAGAAACGGGCCGGAGAACGAUCGAGCAAAUUGGAUGCGUGCAUACACGCGCGUGAGUGAGCACGUACAUCAAUAUCUGUAUGAGUACCUGUGUGAAUAUAACAUAUGUAUGGCUGUAUAAUUCCGCGUGCAUAAACGGGUCGAUAGGAACGAGACAAAUGAAUCAAACGAAUUGUUGUAAUUGCAUAUUUUAUUAGUAGCAAGAGAGAGAGAGAGAGAGAGAGAGAGAGAGAGAGAGAGAGAGAAGGCCGAAUCAUAUCUGAUUGUUCUAUUACAAGUUUGCAGUCAUAUGAAACAGAACUUCAUCUUCAUUCAAUGUAAAUCCGAUGCCUACGACACAGUGACAGCAGCAGCAGCCGGCGUAUACAUUGCAUUCGUCACGAUUGUAUGUAUCAUACGUGUAUUCGCGCGCGAGCGAUUUAAUUACGCGAAAGCGCGCGAUUACGGCGUGCAGCGGGUAAAUGUGAACGUACGGCACGUGUGCCUUGAUGUAUGACUGAUGUAUGAUAUUAGGGUACGAGAUUACCUGUCACAAAUCACGGUCAUCUUGUCUAUGCACAAAAAUAUAUUUUGAUAUGAAACGUA